GAAAUGAUUCUUUUGGUUUAGAGAUGGAGGGAUGUUUGUAGAUCCUACAUAUGAUAUUUCCUGUACCAAAAGGAGGGGGACCAAUGAGCAGAUAUUAGGUGGAACUAUGCUGGGGCAAAAGUGUUAUUCAUUCGAUGAGAUUUAUUCCCCGCAGCUACUUUUCCUUGAAAUAGGAACUUGUCUCUCUACGGCAGCCACAUUCAGUAAACAAUUACAUACAUAGACAUACAAGCCACGAUGCAAGAAAAAAACGACGUACAGAAGAAGAGAUACAUAUUGAGUCAUAGCACUCAAUUUUUUGUUGCUAAAUUUUCAAUAAUGUAUACUAAGAAUAAAAAUUGUAACUCAAGGUGGCCAUCAAAGUGAAGCAAUUGGCAAAUUAAUCCAUUCCAUGUGCAGAACAAUGUUCGUUAAGAACCAUCGUUAUAUUGCCACAUCCUAGAGAAAGCACGUUAGACAAAAGCUUAUGCAAAUGAAGAAUGGCCUCCGGAUAUUCCAGCCUGGUGGAUAACAACCUCGUGAACAAGAGAACAAAGGAGGAUGAUCACAAGCGAUGACUCUUUCUAGUUGAACCUGAACCACAACAGCAAACGGUGGAAGAGAAGAAAGUCGAGCGGAGAUGAUGAAGUCCCUUGAUUCCUCUCUUUCUGCUGAUCGAUCUCUUUCCUCUUUAUCUUCUCCCUUUCUCAAUCGAAUGCCUAUUAGCUAGCCCCAGGAACUUUGAGUUUCAAUCUCCUCUAGUCGAGAUUCACUCAAUCGGAGUGCUUCUCCACUUUCUUUGAUGAAGCCGUGAAAAUCAGAAUCAAGACUCCAUUCUCUUGAUGCAUCUGCGAGAGAAACGGAGCCCGAACAAAGAUACCUAGUUCGAUCAAGCGAAAAUUCUGGUUUGCGCGAGAAAAAGUAGAGGUUGAAAAUAGGCAAAUGGGCACGGGAUUGAAACCAAUUCGGGGCGAGCAUAUAUGGGACUCAUCAGGGAAUUCCCAUUGGCUCCCUGAAUGUGCAGAGAGCCAAGAGAGAGAGGCUGCUGGAAGACUGAGGAAGCACUUUACAAGGCGAUUUCAUGGAGGCUCUCAGGACGGCUUCCUCCUGAAACCAGAAACACCUCUCUCUCUCUCCCCCGCCAUUGUAGAGAGGGAGAGCAGUAGAAGCGGGGAUAGAAUGGAGUCGAUAUCGGAGGAGGAGGCGGCAGGAAUGAUGAUGGUGGAGCAGAGCGGGAAGGCAGGAUGGGGGAAAGGUGGGAGCAGGGCGAGCGCCACAGAGAAGGAGAAGACGAAGCUACGGGAGAGGCAGCGACGCUCCAUCACCACCAAGAUUUUCAGCGGGCUAAGGAAGCACGGCGGCUACGACCUCCCCCCUCGUGCCGACAUCAACGACGUCCUCCGCGCCCUCGCCGCCGAGGCUGGCUUUGUCGUCGAGCCGGACGGCACCACCUACCGAGCUCCCCAACGACAGCAGGGAUAUAGAUGCAGAACGCGGGGCGGUGAUCAACGCUUCACGCUGCCUAUGGAGAACCUAUUUGAUGCUGCAGCUACCUUAAGUGGGAGGCAGCAGGCAACAUUUGGUUGUUCAUUAAUUAGCAGUUUCAGGGAGCACAGCAACAUCUGCAUCGCCACCAUGGAAGCAAGAGGUCAUGCAGGUGAGGGCUCGUCCACCACUGCAUCUCCAUGCCGCAUGCCCAUUCCAGUCACUGCCUCCUCCUCCUCUUCGCGCCCACAACCACAACUUCUUCGGCCGGUCUUCGGACUUUCCUCUCUGGCCAGCUUUGCAUCCCCCACAUCGAGCGAGGACGUCAGUGCAGCCACUUGCAGAAGCUUCACUACUCUGAACCAUAAUCAAAUCUCUCUCUCUCUCAGCCAGGAUGAGUUCCCAGCCGGCCACGCGUCGGAACCAACUGCUGGGUUGCUGAUGAAUGGGUAUGGACUAGGGGGGAACAUCCCUACUUCCAUCCUCAUGCUCCAUGAUCAUGGGCAACACCCGUUACUGUUUCAAGAGACGUGGGCAUCGAAUCGAAACACUCCAACUGGAUCUCCACAAAGCCAAAUAUGAACUCAAAAUUUUCGCCCUCCAAUCCCUUUGAUUUGGUGGCAAAGAUCCCAGAAAAUUUCAAAUUUUGGACAUGCAAAGUUAUACUGAUCAAGGUAGUAAUAGGGGCUAGAAAUUGGUGCCAGUUUUUUUUUUUUUUAUUCUCCAAGACUUCGAGUGCACCUCGUACUUUUGUGGCCUUUCCUUGUGCUUCUAAUUUGUCUUCACAUCUUUGGCCCAUGGUGACAAGACGUUGUUUUGGUGUUAUCUUGAAACUGGUGUCUAACUUUUAUAAUGCACAAUAGGUAGAAAAAAAGG